CAGCGUUGUUAGUCCGUCACCAGACUCCUCGGACUUGUCUCGUUUUACUGUCGGUUUCCUCGACGGCUUUUCUCCUUUGCAGAUCUUUUAUUUUUUAAUACACUGAUCCGGCGAUUUAUACAAAUAUAUAAUCACUAAAUGACAGGCUCUCUCGCGCGCUGGGAGGACAGCUGGUGCGGCGAUAACAUCGAGGGGGUGAUGCCCUUGACUUGGGGAGGAGGAGUUAGGAGGAGAAGGGGGGCACCAUUAUCCAACGUACAGAAAGAAAUGGCAUUGUAACGGUGUGAUCUUCAUUGGCAGGGUUGUCAGGGAUGUGGCGCAUGCUCUGCAAGUUCAUUUCAUCCCUGCCAGUCGCGGAGCAGCAGCGUCCUGCAAAGAGAAGCCAUCGACUGGAAAUGUUGUGCGUAUGCAGGCAGCCCUGACCCUGGAGCUCCGCCGGCAGAGCUGAAGAGGCCUGAGCGGUCCCCACCUCUGGAUUUGAUGGUGGCGGAAGGCAAGUGGGAAUGACAAGAUAAACAAACCCAGAGGCUGCCUUGCCUGCGCUGCAGAUACACUGAAGCUGUGAGUCCACUCUCUCUGGUUGACAUUGUUGCUUUUUUUGGGCCUCUUUGUGUGCCAGACUGCCAUUAAUAAUAAAUGUAAUAGGCAGCAGCCCCUGAACUGUAAUUUUAGGUUUGGAUCUGGGCCAAUUUAUUCAUCUAACCCUUAAAGAAAGGUGGGUGUGACUGGAAAUAAUGGCAGGCCAUGAAGAAGCAGAGCUGUCCGAGUCCCUUCAGAAGGAGGAUGAGUUUUCCAGCGAGCCGGAGGAGCCAAACUUCAAAUCUAAAAGUUUGCCUGUUUUAAAUGAAGAAGCGCCUCAAGAGGAAACUUUACUGGCUAGUUCUGUGCAGAUGUCCAUAACAGCAGAAGAGAGCGCAGAAUUUAUCCAGCUCCAGGCCAAGAGUGAGUCCUUUCAGGCAGAGUCCCCGACAAGAACCAACUAUAAGCCCAAGCCGGGGAAGUCUGCGCUGAACAGGCCGAAUUCAUACAUGGAGAACACAGAGAUCCGUAGGAGUAAAAACAUGGCGAGAAGGAAGCCCCCGGGGUUUUUCGCUUCCAGGCUGGCUCAGAUUCGUCUGCCUAGUAGGAAGUUCCUGAGGGUUAUCUUACAGGACUCUCGCUGUUUCCUGUUCUGCAUGAGCUACCUGACGUUCAUUCAGUCGCUCAUGGUGUCCGGCUACCUCAGCAGCGUCAUCACCACCAUAGAGAAGAGGUACAGCCUGAGGAGCUCCGAAUCAGGCCUCCUCGUCAGCUGUUUCGACAUAGGGAGCCUCCUAGUGGUCGUCUUUAUCAGCUACUUUGGUGGCCGUGGCCAGAGGCCUCGCUGGCUGGCGGUGGGCGGGGUUUUCAUUGCAGUGGGCGCUGCCCUCUUCUCCUUACCUCACUUCAUCUCCCCGGCCUACCAGAUCCAGGAGGGCAACUCAUCCUCUGGCAAUGAAGGCCUCUGCAUGAACAGCAACGCCAGCGGCAGGGACCGCGUCGACAUCACUUCCUGUCCCAGAGACCAGGAGGGCAACGAGCACAACAUGUACGUGGCGCUGUUCGUUAUCGCUCAGAUCCUGGUGGGCAUGGGGUCCACGCCCAUCUACACGCUGGGACCCACCUACCUGGACGACAACGUCAAGAAGGAGAACGCCUCGCUGUAUCUAGCCAUUAUGUAUGUGAUGGGAGCACUGGGUCCAGCAGCUGGUUACCUACUGGGGGGAGUCCUCAUCGGCUUUUACGUGGACCCCAAGACUGUUGUCAACAUUGAUCAAAGCGACCCCCGCUUCAUCGGCAACUGGUGGAGCGGGUUCCUGCUGUGUGCCGUGGCCAUGCUGCUGGUCAUCUUCCCUAUGUUCACCUUCCCCAAGAAGCUGCCACCCCGACACAAGAAGAAGAAGAGGAGGAAAAAGCUGAGCCUGGACGACCUGUCCAGUGACGACGACGUCCUCAAGGAGAAGAGCAACAACAAGAGUCAGACGGUCACCUCAUCCAUGGGCUUUGGAAAAGACUUCAGAGACCUGCCCAAAGCAGCAGUGAGGAUCCUCAGCAACGUGACCUUCUUGUUCGUCAGCCUGUCCUACACGGCUGAAAGCGCCAUAGUCACCGCUUUCAUCACCUUCAUCCCCAAGUUCAUUGAGUCUCAGUUUGGAAUCCCAGCCUCCAGCGCCAGCAUCUACACAGGUGUGAUCAUCGUGCCCAGCGCUGGCGUGGGCAUCGUCCUGGGCGGCUACAUCAUUAAGAAGCUGAAGCUAGGAGCUCGCGAGUCAGCCAAGCUGGCCAUGAUCUGCAGCGGCGUCUCUCUUCUCUGCUUCUCCACGCUGUUCAUCGUGGGCUGCGACAGCAUCAACCUGGGAGGAAUCAAUAUCCCCUACACCACCGGACCGACCCUCACCAUGACCCAGAGGAACCUGACCGGAGGUUGUAAUGUGAACUGCGGCUGUAAAAUCCACGAGUACGCUCCAGUCUGUGGCUCUGAUGGCAUCACGUACUUCAACCCCUGCCUUGCUGGCUGCAGCAGCGUGGGCAACGACAGCACCGGGAUUCGUAACUACUCAGACUGCGCCUGUGUCCAGAGCCGGCAGGUCAUCACGCCGUCGUCAAGCGGACAGGGCAGCAAUCAGCUGCAGCUCGUCAUCGUCAAGACCUACCUAAACGAGAAUGGCUAUGCCGUGUCGGGGAAGUGUGACCGCACCUGCAGCACCCUCAUACCCUUCCUCGUCUUCCUCUUCAUCGUCACGCUCAUCACUGCCUGCGCCCAGCCCUCCGCCAUCAUCGUCACCCUCAGGUCUGUAGCUGAACAGGAAAGGCCGUUUGCUCUGGGCAUGCAGUUUGUUCUCCUCAGGACUCUCGCCUACAUCCCGACACCCAUUUACUUCGGCGCUGUCAUCGACACCACCUGCAUGUUGUGGCAGCAGGACUGCGGCGUCCACGGCUCCUGCUGGGAGUACGAUGUCACCUCCCUGCGUUUUGUCUACUUUGGCCUCGCCGCCAGCCUCAAGUUCCUCGGCUUCUUCUUCAUCUUCCUCACCUGGUACUCCAUCAAGUACAAGGAGGAGCGGGUGGAGCGCUGGCUCAAGCGCCACCUGUCGCCCGUUGACACUGUGGGCAACCUGGUCUGUCACCCGGGCGGCCACAAGGGCCAUGCGCGCACCCGCUCCUGUCCCGUCAACAUCCCCCGAACCGACCCCAACUCUCUGCCCUCUCACGCUCCGCUCCGUGCCGGCGCCCUCAACCGUGGUGUCAGCACCCAAAGUUGCCCCGGCAACGAGCUUAAAGCAAUAACUCCCCCCCCUGCGGCCACGCCGUCAACUGCAGCGCCGCCUCCCCCUACAUCGGCCCGCUCGCUGGAACACGUGUCAGUCCGAGUCUGAGUUUCAGAACGGGGUGGCUGAAGAGGCGGGUCACACCCACUGACAUCUCUUUUAUUCUGAAAUCCAGUCAGCUGUAUUUCAGCUGCACCAAUCAUCAUGUGGAGGUCCUGCUCUCAUCUCAUCUCAUAAAACUCUCAGAGUGGCUUUUAAGUUUUAUCUGCACCACCCCAAAAACCAUCAAUUGGAGGUACUGAUUUAUUGUGGACCUCCAGAUCUGUGGUCAAAAGAUGAAAAGUGUAAUUUGGUGACCAACCAGCCAACCUUCCUCUGACACAAAAAAUUUUGUUUGUGGAAAAUAUUGAAAGCGGCCGGGUGCUUUCUUUGUGAUGUACCAGCCGGCGCAGCAAGCGGACAAAGGCUUAGCUUCCCCACGUUGGAUGGAGGAGAGUUCAUCGCUCAUAAAGCCCGCUUGACCCUCCCACCCCCCACCCCCCACCCCCACCUUGGCAAAAUGUGCCUUCUGUCACCAUGGUCCUCACAUGUACAGUAAAUGUGCAAACACACUGGACGUCCCUCUGACUGUGGUCAACCUGUAGAAAUAAGUCACCUGAACAGAUACCUCAGCUUUGCCCCUCCUGCUUCAACUCGCAUCUGUGUGCUGCUUCUUCAUGUGUGAUUUUAUUUCUUCAGCAUAAACGAGCGACUUUUGUUUUCCGGACACUGCAUAUCAGCGCUCUCACGGAACAAAAAAACCCCUAUGGAAAUGUGAUACACUGCAACUAAGUGUUAAGAACUGGAAACCGAUGGCAUGGUGCUAUUUGAAAAACAUUGUUUAGCGUCCAUUUUUUUGCUCUUUUUGGUUGUUUUUUAGGGUUAAAAACACUUGAAAAGAACCCAACUGGACAACAGGUCACUGGGCUAAGCAGCUUGGCACGCACAGAAUGCAUUCCUGUCCAAUGCAAAGCCUUUUGUUGCUCCUCUGACACAAUGACACGUAGUAUUACCGCUGGAAGUCGGAUUGUUUGGCUUUUGCCAGCUCCAUACAAUGCAUCCAUACAUCCGAGCCGUUUCCCUCCUGACUGCCACCCUGUUUAGUGGUUUAACCUAAAAAGAACAGGAUCUGCAUUUUCCAUCUGACACAUUCCUGGCUGGACGAGUCACCGGGGUCCUCCACGGGUCUGGAAGAAUUUGGAAAGGAAAAACUAUGCUUGGAGAGGUUUACAACUGAGAUAGACCUUCUUGACAGACUGUAUUUCUUACUACUUACCAGGCUCAAUGAGAGAUCCAGCCAAUCAUUUACCAACAGUAACGCCAACAUUUGUACUGAACAUGUAGGUAGACAAGUAGUCGACCACGUAGAGGUCAUAGUGUAGUCGUCUUUUCUUCGUCAGCUCCGGAAAUGAAAGCUGCUGGUGAAUUUAUGGAUGAAUCUUGGAUCUUGCUCUGCGAAAUGUUGGUACAUUGUUAAACAGUAGUCCCAGUGAUAUUUGGACCUUCUUGUCUGAAAGAAUAGGAUUUGCAGUUCAGGGUUCCACACCGGAUAACUGUUUUCAUACAUGCAGGUUAGUGUGGAAAGUAAAAAGACAGUUUCAGGGUUUUGAAAAGUUUAGAAAUUUAGCAAAAUCACUGGGAAAGUACAGAGAAGGCAACUGGUCACUGUCGAGCUGUAGCUAAUGAUUGUUUUCCUCAUCUAUAAAUGGACUGAUUCUUCUUUGAAAUUAAUCAAUUAAUUGCUUGCUCUAAAAAGAAACUGUGGAAAAACUGCCCAUCACAAUUUCUCUGAGCCCAAGGUGACAUCCAAAUCAAACAGAUGCUCACAUUUGAGAAGCUGAAACUAUUAAAUGUUUAAUGUUGUGUUCGAUAAAUGACUUAAGCGUUUAGUCACUUAUCAAAAAUGUUGUUGAUUAAAUUUCUGUCGGUUGCCUAAUCGUUUGAGCAACAGAGCAGUCCCCAAACAAUGACAAGGAUUUUAUUAUUUAAAGUAAAUGAGAUGUCUGGGACUCAAUUACUGACAAACUGGACCAGAUUAGAUGACUUUUAUUGCGGGUGUCACGUUAAUGUCCUCUAAUCUUGUAGUCAGUCUGGCAUUUUGAAGAGGAGAAUUGUACUUAAAGAAAGCAGGGAGAAAUUAUGCGUUUUAGUUUUCAAGUUGUUUCAGUCAACCACAUUUAAAUCUUAUUCUAAAAUCAGUUAGUUGGUGAAAUAGUGAAAGUUAUUAGCAUCUAAGCAAAGAAAUGCCAUAAUUGUAAUUUUAAAAGCAACUGAAUACCAAACUGAAGUGGAAGCACUGGUGAAUACUUAAGUUUGCCACUGAAUUUACAGCAGUGAAACGGUUUAUUAGAAAACCGUCUAUUUGAAUUACUGUGGUUUGAUUUCCCCUCUUUCAAAUUUCAAAAAGGUUUUUUCACAUGGUGCGAUUUAAGCUUUUAUUUGAGCAGUAAUGGCAGCCCGGAUGUUCAUUGUUCAUCAAAAAAAUUGUACUUUGAAUUUCCGUCUCCUACUUUGAGCAACUGGAUUUUGACCUUAAUCUAACCUAAUUAAAAAAAUCUAGUUACAAUUUUUAGUUUUGAGUAUUUGAAACUUUUCAUUUUGAAACAAAUAAAAAGAAAAAAUAUGUUGCUUUUGAAAUAGCACCAUUGUUCACUAAUGGUUCCAUUUCACAGUUAGAUACAUAGAUUACUCAUAAGAAUCAAAUUAUUAUGGCGAUAAUUUGCUUCCACUGUGGUUGUUUUGAUUAGGGUUAGAAACUCACGUGACAUUUUAAAGGGUUAGUCCAAGGCAUUUCUGAGCUAUAAGAACUGGAGUAACACGGUAUGCAUUUUUUAACAACUUAAAGCAGUAUUAUUUCUUAAUAAUCCACUUAAUUCCUAAAAGAGCAGCCUCCUAGCUCAUGACAGGCAGUGUUACAGCAGUGUGUGUCGCUGAUGCCCCGCCCCUCCCCCAUAAUGAAUUAACACAAUUUUUGGGACUGUCUGCAGCCUGUGCAGGUUCAGUGUUAUAUAUAUAUAUAUAUAUAUAUAAAAAACAAGGCAGUGUUGCUUGACAGUCAGUUGCUGUCCCUCGAGGACACCUGCUGGGUACAUAUGGAACAGCAUGUAGAGACAGGAAGCCAGUUUAUCCACAAACAUCAUGUCCCAGACUAGUGCAAGAGAAAGAGGACAGAUAUUUGUGAUUGGUUGUUGUGAGACAAAAUGGUAUGUUAACUUGAAAAAGUGUUGCUGGGUUAGAAACAGCUUUUAUCUCAUGCAAUCAGUAUUUUUACAUUUGAGACUUUCGAUUACGUGGAUAUUGUUCACACUAGCGCUGUACUAUUUUCAUUAUGAAUUCAUCUUAUUUUCUGGAUUAAUAGUUUUGUGUAUAAAAUGUCGAUGUUGAUGUCAUAAAAAAACAGUUUUGGUCCAACCAUUCAUCUGAAAUCCAAAUGUAUUCAAUUUACAACCAUAGAAGAAUAAAAAAGUUAACAACCUGGAACCAGGGAAUCUUUGACCAAUCGUUUAAGCUCUAGUUCAAACUGGAAAACCCAGCAGGUCAUUUGUUUACACACACUCUUUUGUAGAGUUAAACCUGACCAAAAAACAACACUAUACUCAAAUUCCCCAUUUGUAAGCAAUCUAGAUAUAUAGGAGCUGUUAUAGAAAUAACUGAAUAAACAAAAUGUCCUUACCGCUUCUUAGGACUACAUUAUAGUGUUACAAACCAUUUAUUCAAUGUUUAUAUAGUGCUUAUAAAUGCUAAAUCAUACUAUUUAAUGGUACCAAUACCUAAGCAAAAUGUUUUCAAUAACGUAAUUUAAGGAAUAUAAACGUGCCACACCUCCAGUUUUUAAUGUUGUUGUUACACUGAUGCAACUAACAAUUAUUUUCAUUAUUAUUAAUAUGCCACUUGUUUUCUUGAUUAAUCAAAUAAUCGUUUGUGUACAAAAUGUCGUAAAAUAUUGAAACAUGUCCAUCAUCUCAGUUUUUUUGUUUGUUUCACUAACAAUCCAAAACUCAAAAAUAUUAAAUUCACCAUCACAUAAGAUAAAGGAAAUUAGCCAAUCUACAAACUGGCAUUGGUAAUGUUUGGGGGGGUUAUUAUGCCUGGAUAAUAAGUCUUAUAAGUAAAAUUAAAUUGGAUUCCUGAUUUCAUAAUCUGAAUAAGAAUAAGUAAAAAUCUGACCAAUCGAUGCCAUCUUUUGAUGUACAUGAGGUUUUAAAUUGAACAAUUGGUCUGUUAAAAAUCUAUACUGUGAGGGCCAAAAACCUAAUUUACUGUGCAGCAGACAGAAGAGUCCUUUAGGAUUUCAGGAAGUGACUUCAAGUGUUGUCAAAUGACCUGCCAGGUUUUUCAGACAGAAGGAAAAAAAGUCUCAAAUGUAAAAUAACAAUUGUAACAGGAGAGAUGUUUUGAUGGAUUUGAGAUGGGGUUUUUUGUGGUAUGUAAAUGAACUUUCAAGAUGACAGUAAUCGCAAAUAAGCCGGUCUGUCAGACGCACGCUGUAGAAGAGUCUGUGGGACGCAAAAGGAGGGAAUGUGUCUGUGAUCAUCCUACACCUGCCGAAAAGCAGUGCAGAAGAAGAAAACUUGACGCAUGGUUUCAGCACUCCCCACAGCAGAGACAAUAGACUAGAGUAGAAACACAAAAAACAUUCCAUUUACAUGUAAAGCGAGAACAACAAAUCACAACCCAACUCCAGUGUGGAUCUGUGUAGUGUUAGUAGAGCACCGAGAUACUCGUCCGCCCGCUCACGUUCCGUUUCUCUGUGCCUACGUUUCAAACUUUUGAUCUGCUGUUUCAGUUUGUGUAUGUGACGCUCCGGUUCAGCUGGUGUCGCUGAGAGGAUGAAAUGUUGAGUCCACCUUCCUGAUUAGCUACUUCAAAAUCUUAGGGUUUCUACUGAUUUCAUCAGCUACUUAAAAACAUGGUUCAUGUAUUUUUAAAUUUGUUGCUUAAUACUGACUGCUGUUGAAUGAUGGUCAAAGACAAUCACUGGCCCGAGUUCUGCACCUCUAAAAUCUGGCAGCUGGAUGCGGGCCAGAGUCACUUCACAUUUACUCCUGCAGUGUCAAAAUACCCAACUAUUUCAUGCAAUGUUUUUUUUUUUGUCUCCACCAAUCCAAAUGAUUUUUUUUACUGACCUACCAUACUAAUAAUGUCCUUAUUUCCCUUUACACACGUUUAUUUCUUCUCAUAUGGCGUCUCAAAAUGAUCUUUUUGUCUAAUUGAGCAGAAAUUAAGCUGAAAAAUUGCAGUGUUUCAGACAGAAUGUGUUUUGACUAGAUUUAAAGGCUCAAAGUAUCCUGAAACUCGGGACACACAGUUUUAAGUAUUUUAGCCAUGAAUGAAUACAAAAAAAACACUCUGCGGUUAUGAGAUUUCAAAUCACGCUGGUGGUCUCAGUAUUUCAUCUUCACGUUGAUUUUCUCUGCAUCCACAGACACCAGCUCCAGGAUUUUACUGCGUCACUAGUUUUUAAUCCUCCUCCUGCUCCUUUCACCUCUCCUUUGAGAAAAAGGAGCCGUUUACCUCCAUGUGUUGUGCAAGUCGUUUCAUGUAGUGAUAUUGAUCUGGAUCUGCCCCUAAAGGCAGAUGUAGGUUAGAAUAUUUUGAGUUUACAUUCUUCUUUUUAUCAGUAUUGUAUUUAUUUCAAAAGGACAUUUUGACAGACUGAAAGGCUACACUGAUGAGGCUAAAUAUAGAUUUGUGGACACACUGUUUACAAAUGCCUUGGAGACUUGACUUAUGUCAAUAAAAAUGUGAAAAAAUAAUAAAACAGUAUUAGAGAAA